CUCAAGAAUCCGAAGGCAAGCAUUGCCGACGCCGAGAUCCGAGAAAAAAACAUAAAAAACAAAGCAAAAAAAUAAAAGAAAAUUAAAAUAAAAACGAGUAAACGUGAGCGCACCAUAAAUGACAAGCACAAACAAAGAGCUAAGCAAAUUAUAUACCAAAGUACAUACAAAAGAAUAUAUAUACAUAUAUGAGCACAAGUGAGACGCGCCAAAAAGAGUCGGGUAUAAGCAUAAAGCCAAUUGAAUUGCAAUUUUAUUGGGUUUAAUUGCUAAAACAAAAACCAACCAAGAGAGGACCAUAAAAGCUAUAUACGAAAUCUGUGCAAAAGUGAAAAUAUCGGCGAGGGCGAGUGAGAUAGCGAGUGACAGCAAGAGAUAGCACUGCAGAUAUAGCCACCAUAUAGGACCUGCCAACGAACCGAAGGAGAUGAAUCGAAUCGCCGGCCGCAGACUUCCGGUCCUCCAAUUUGCCCUGCUCCUGAGUCUGGUGGCCCUGGGAGCCACCCGUCCUCCCACCGAGGAUGACAGCGAUGUGGCCCUCCUACCGCCGGAUGCCGACAAUGUGGAGAUCCAUCAAGUGGAACUCGUGAAUGGCGUCAUGCAGGAGGAUCAUCCGGUGAUCAUGUACAAGGAGGAUUUUGUCACUGAGGAUUUUGACCCCUCUAAAAACGCCACCAGUCCAGGACACCACAAGAAGCACAGGCGAACGCACCAUCAUCAUGCGGAGCCUCAGCCAGAGAAUGAGGGCGAAAAGAUCCUGUUCGAUGUCCUGCCCGACAAACCGAUUGUGCUCAAGGACGACCUAGAGGCUGUGCCCGUUAGCAACUUGGAGGCCACUCAACUGGUGACACCUGUAAAGGAGCAAUGGUUACGGAAACUGCCCAAGAAGUACCACAGUCGCCAGCGUCGAAGCCCACAGUGGAAUGGACUUAUCACCGGCUAUUCAUAUAACAGCCACCUUCCCCUGCAGACCCUCUACUAUUUUCCUCGUUUACCGGUGCCUGGGAAGAAACCCAAUCUGCAGGGAGGAAAUCGAGGCUCACAAUCGAAUAGAAUCCCGAAUGGGGGGAUGUUCAACAGCCGGACGAUAUUAACAGUCGACUUGACUUAAUACAUGACUCCGAUCCAGCCAAUGCUGACUUUAGUCAAUUUAAUAAUCCCAGGCCCACGCGCCGCCCGGUUC